GCUCUCCUUUACGGGAAGUGAUGUGGGGCCAGACGGAAAAUACCCGCCAACGACCCAAAAAGGCCGGCGGCGGGUGGACGCGGCGCGCGGGGACCCGAGCCGGGCGGGGACAGGACGGCGGGGCGAGCCAGAUAAAAAGUAACCUUCCUGAAGAGGACAUGUGAUUGGAAGUUGUCAAUUGUUGAAGUCUUGGUAACUCCAGUCUCUAACGUUUUAGAAAAUAACAAGCGUUUCUCUACCCUCUCAAGGUGAACCACUGAGUUCUUCAUUAUGUCUGAUGGAGAUUAUGAUUACCUCAUCAAGUUUUUAGCUUUGGGAGACUCUGGCGUAGGGAAGACCAGUGUACUUUACCAAUACACAGAUGGUAAAUUUAACUCCAAAUUUAUCACAACAGUGGGCAUUGAUUUCAGGGAAAAGAGAGUGGUGUACAGACCCAAUGGGCCGGAUGGAGCCAUUGGCAGAGGCCAGAGAAUCCAUCUGCAGUUAUGGGACACAGCAGGGCAGGAGAGGUUUCGUAGCUUAACGACAGCGUUCUUCAGAGAUGCUAUGGGUUUUCUUCUACUUUUUGAUCUGACAAAUGAGCAAAGUUUCCUCAAUGUCAGAAACUGGAUAAGCCAGCUACAGAUGCACGCAUAUUGUGAAAAUCCAGAUAUAGUGCUAUGCGGAAACAAGAGUGAUCUGGAGGACCAGAGAGUAGUGAAAGAGGAGGAAGCCAGAGCACUUGCAGAGAAAUACGGAAUCCCCUACUUUGAAACUAGUGCUGCCAAUGGGACAAACAUAAGCCAAGCAAUUGAGAUGCUUCUGGACCUGAUAAUGAAGCGAAUGGAACGGUGUGUGGACAAGUCCUGGAUUCCUGAAGGAGUGGUGCGAUCAAAUGGUCACACCUCUGCAGAUCAGUUAAGUGAAGAAAAGGAGAAAGGGGGAUGUGGCUGUUGAGAAGUCGAGUAAGCGACAUAGCAGUUCAGGUGGCCCAUGCCUAGGAUCCUUCUCUAUGAUUGAUAGGUGGCACAGCGAGAGAUUAAUGGGCAUUGUGUACAAACUGCUUCUUGCCAUCCCCAUUAGACCUACCAGUGAAGCGUCUGGUUUUAGAAUUAAUUUGUUGCAGCUUUGUAAAUAUUUCUUUAAGAUUCAGCCUGAGAGUUAGGAGAAAUAUUUUAGAGCCAAAAGUGCCUUAUCAAACCUUAGCCUGUUAUAGUAAAUCAUUAAAGGAUUUAGAAUUUUGCAGUCACAGAAGAGUGUAUGAAUGAGGGUACUGUCACCUGCUUGAAUGUAAGUAGGCCAGAGUCUUACAUUUAAGAUCUUACAUGUAAUUAUAAAAUGGCCACAGUCUUGGACCAAGAUUUAAAGACUCAUGCCAUAGGUGACCUUCUAAAAUGCCAUUAAAGCCACUUGCAUGUUAAAUAAGAAUACAUAUGCACAUCAGCCCAAUGUCUUUGAGUAUUAAUUUUAUGUAAGCAUUCUAUUUAACAUGAACAUAGGACAAACUAUGGCCGUAUCUGUAGACCUUGGAUAAACUGCAUCGACCAGUUGUACACUCAUGGUGACUUUUUUGUUGGUGGAAAAGGAAUUGGAGUGGGGCAGGGUGGCUUAAUGUAAUAUGAACAACUGAAGUGGGACUUGUGGCUCCCACUAUAUUCCCGUUGCUGUGAAGGGUUGGUUGAAGGUUCAGGGAACUAGAUUUUGUGGCUUUGAUGCACUGUGAUUGUACAUUUAUACUUGGCCUAUGUGCUGGCCACAUCUGAACAUAGGUGGUGCUUAUGCUGAGUUAUUUGUGAUGAGUAAAUAUUUAGUUUCUUUUUCUUCAUAUUUAUAAUUUUGAUCCGGCAUUCUCUGGCCACAGCUUAAUUAGCUUGUAAAUUACUCAUCUCUGUCUUUACCAGCAGGCUCUGUAUUGUUGAUAUUUGCAACUUGUUUUGCUUUUCUAUUGUUGGAAUUGAAGGAAUUAGUUUUCAAUUACAUAAAAUGCCUGUUUGCUAUUUGGUGGAAGAUAGAUGUACAUAUUGAAGCAGUUAUAUUUAUACUGCAGUUCAAUAAAAGAAAAAUGAAGUAUUCAGUAGCCUAUAAUUUUCAUUGAGCUCAUGAGCAUUUACUGUACUUGCUGGGUCUUGCCAAGAUCAGGUAUCCUGCUAAGUUGCCAAAGUGUCUUCAUACCAAAUUAAAGGUGGUUUUAAUAUAUGUUUCAUGGAAGUCUUUAUAAAAUUCAAAGGUAUUUCAUUUAGGUGAAAAGUCUUAUUUAUUAAAGUGGUUUGAAUAAAGUAGAUCAAAAUUUCCGGAGAUCUUAAUGGCUAUUUAGGAAGAAAUAGCACUCAUUAUAAUUUAAAUAAGGAAUAAAAAUAAAUGUAUUUUGUGGUGGCAAAUAUUUGGCAGAACUGUAAUUAGAAAAAUACAAGUAUAUUUGGGUGAUGGUUACAUUAGAAGCCCAGACUUGACCACUGCACAAUAUAUUUAUGUAUCUAAACUGCACUUGUAUCCCCUAAAUUUAUUUUUAAAUGAGGAAAAAUACAAGUAUAAUGAAAAACCCUAUUGUGUUUUUCACCACUGUCCUUCCACUACUCCCAUAGCAAAGUUAGCUAUGGUGAGUACAAUUUUACAUAUUUCUAUCCUUGAAAUGAAGGCUUCUUUUAAAUUCCAAAGAAGUCACUGAGACCUGUGCAUUUGAAUUGUAUAUGCUAGUGAGGAAAAGAUUUAGAUAUUUCAAGAACAGGGUUAUAAUCACACAGCAGUGCCUUCUAUAGUUACCAUAAGACUUCAGUGGAGUACAACAUAAUUUUACAGCUACAUAUCAGGGCAUAUUUUGUAUGGUGUAUUUGUGUUAGAAUAACACAUUAAUUGUCUUUAAACAUAAAAAUAAGAAUGUUUGCAUGUUUCAGGUUUCAAGAACCAAAUGAGUAGUUAGCUAUAGAUUCCAUUGGCCUUAAACAUAUCAUACAAUUAAGUGUAUACAUGAUACAGUGCACACACAAGAGCCACCUUUAAUUAUUGAAAUAACCUGUAUUCUUUUUGGAAAUCAUUUAAGUUUGGUAUUGAAGUACUAUAUUUUUUGUGCAUCAAUGUAUUUUUCUACUUAUAAGCCUAUGUACAAGUGAAGUGUAUCUUCAGUGAACCAUGUGCCAAUUAAGCUAUAAUAAAAAAGUGGUCUAGUCUGUCAAA